AUGUCUGGACGCGGAAAGGGCGGCAAGGGCCUCGGCAAGGGCGGUGCCAAGCGUCACCGAAAGAUUCUUCGUGACAACAUCCAGGGUAUCACCAAGCCCGCCAUCCGACGUCUCGCUCGUCGUGGUGGUGUGAAGCGUAUCUCUGCCAUGAUCUACGAGGAGACCCGUGGUGUCCUCAAGUCCUUCCUCGAGGGUGUCAUUCGUGACGCCGUCACCUAUACCGAGCACGCCAAGCGCAAGACCGUCACCUCUCUCGACGUUGUCUAUGCCCUUAAGCGCCAGGGCCGCACCCUCUACGGUUUCGGUGGUUAA